UUGCGUCUUCCGAUCCAAAUACAGAAGCACUUGAAAUUAAUGCCAGAAAUAAUUAAUUUGAGAUUUCAUGGAAAGGAUUUAUUACUGUUUUAUUCAGAUGAAGAACUAAAACCCAUAUCGUGCAGAAAUUAAAACAAUCCGCAAAAAAUACAGUUUUGUUAGUACCAUCGCGCAUUCGAUUAGCGAGACAUAUGCGGCAGCGGCAGUGAUUUUUUCGAAUUGUACGAUACAACUCGCUUUUCCUCGAAGAACCUAAAGGUCAACUUUCGCGAGAUCCAUCGACAUCGACAACUGCAAAUUCGUAUACGGACAUUAGCGUCUUGGUACACGCGCGUUAAUUCUGUGUGACGCUUAAAAACAUGUCGGACGAAGAAAACGAGAAUGAAGAUGAAGAACAGGAGAAGGAAGUGUAUUUGGGGAAGUACGAAGGAGGCAGGAACGAGAAAGAGGAGCGACACGGCGAGGGUGAAGCACUGCUCCCUAACGGAGAUCGCUAUAAAGGUCAAUACGAGAAUGGCCGGCGGCAUGGAAAGGGGUUGUAUGUCUUCAAGGGCGGACCGCGGUAUGAAGGCGAAUGGAAGAACGGAUUGAAGCAUGGGCAUGGCAAGUUUAUCUAUCCCGAUGGUUCUUCCUAUGAAGGAUACUGGGUGAAGGAUCAGAAGGAAGGCUACGGUGUGUACACGUUCGAGAACGGUGACACCUAUUCGGGGCAGUGGAAAAACGGUCUACGGAGUGGUUACGGAAAGUACCGGUACAAGCAGAGCGGCGCGUGCUACGUCGGGUACUGGACCAAUGACAAGCGACAUGGUAACGGCGAAAUCCUGUGCGGAUCCCAUAAAUACGUUGGUCAGUUUGCCGACGAUAAGCCAAUCGGUCCAGGAAAAUUUGCCUUUCUCGGUGGCUAUGAACAGCACGGACAUUUUGCUCCGGUGGAAGUGGACGCCGCUGUUGCCUCUUUAAUGAACGACACGCCCGUGGAAGAAGAGACACCCGAAUCCGCGGAGCAGGAAGAGGGCGCGCAGGUCACCGUGUCUAAAUGGAUCCCGGAGAAUCUAGCGUUCCCCGAACACAUCGACAUGGGAACGGAUCCAAAGCAAAUCCUUGCAAAACGAUUUCAGCUGCAAGCGGAAAAGAGAAAAACCGGCACCGAAUCGGCAUCACCGGUACCGGAACCAGAACUGGAGCAGUCGCACGAAGAAGGUCUCCAAGAAAUUGUCAACGCCCCUGACGAAAUAACAGAGCACUGAUUUUAUUUCGGAAAUGCCAAAACAUUCUGGAAAAUGUGGUUUGGUUGGUUACUUAUUUGUUGCUGCGCGUAAUAUUUAUAACUGUAAAAAAAUAAAACGAGAUUAGUAAACAAGAUUUUUAUUUAUUGCGAUUUUUAUUAAAUCUUGGUAUAAAGAAUAGUCAGCGACUCAGCGUUGCUGUUUAAAUUCCUUCUUAAUCGCGAAA